CAACUGAAAUUACCGAACGGGUUGCAAGUCGUUAAGUUCGUAACUGUUGUUUAACCCGGCCCGCCUGGAAAAGCAUAGUCUACCAUUUCAAGUUACCGAUUUGUUCAGACAAAGCAACUAAACAUUAAACAAUUCAGUUUCAGUUUUGAUUCUACACAAGAACAUCACAACUAUGAAACUGAUGGGAACAUUAUGAAUUCUUGAAUUGAGUUGUUAAGCUGGGAAUUGAUUAGAUCAUGGCUGGGUUGGAAGAACUAAGAAAGAAACUUGCACCGUUAUUUGAUGCUGAAAAAGGCUUCUCAGCGGGGUCAACCUUGGAUCCUAGUGAUUCUUAUAUGUUGUCAGAUGGUGGGACUGUUAACUUAUUGAGCAGAUCAUAUGGAGUUUAUAACAUAAAUGAGCUGGGACUUCAAAAGUCGUCGUCUUCACCGCUGGAAGAAACAGACUAUGUUGAGAAAACUUAUCGAUGUGGAUCCCAUGAGAUGAGAAUUUUUGGAGCAAUAGGUAGUGGUGCUAGCAGUGUUGUUCAGAGAGCUAUUCAUAUUCCUACCCAUAGAAUUCUUGCUCUCAAGAAAAUCAAUAUUUUUGAAAAGGAGAAAAGACAACAACUUCUUACGGAAAUAAGGACGCUGUGCGAGGCACCUUGUAACGAAGGUCUUGUGGAGUUUCAUGGAGCAUUUUAUACUCCUGACUCAGGGCAAAUAAGCAUUGCUUUAGAAUAUAUGGAUGGAGGAUCAUUGGCUGACAUCUUACGAGUGCGGAAAAAGAUACCAGAACCAAUUCUUUCAUUUAUGUUUCAAAAGCUUCUGCAUGGCCUAAGCUACUUGCAUGGAGUUAGGUAUCUAGUCCACCGAGACAUUAAACCAGCAAAUAUGCUCAUAAAUCUGAAGGGGGAGCCAAAAAUAACAGAUUUUGGGAUAAGUGCUGGCCUGGAGAAUUCGGUGGCAAUGUGUGCUACUUUUGUUGGGACUGUUACAUACAUGUCACCCGAGCGAAUUCGAAAUGAGAGUUACUCUUAUCCAGCUGAUAUUUGGAGCCUUGGUCUUGCACUUUUUGAGUGUGGCACAGGUGAAUUCCCAUACACAGCUAAUGAAGGACCUGUCAACCUUAUGUUACAGAUCUUGGAAGAUCCAUCGCCAUCACCAUCAAAACACAAUUUUUCUCCUGAAUUCUGCUCAUUUGUCGAUGCUUGCCUGCAAAAGGAUCCAGAUGCCAGGCCAACAGCAGACCAGCUUCUUUUGCACCCGUUUAUUCUCAAAUAUGCAGAGUCAGGUGUAGACCUAGCAGCAUUUGUCCGUAAUGUUUUCGAUCCAACACAAAAGUUGAAGGACUUGGCAGAUAUGUUGGCAAUGCACUAUUACUUGCUAUUUGAUGGAUCUGAGGAGCAUUGGCAGCAUGCCAAGACGCUCUAUAACGAAGGUUCAACUUUUAGUUUCUCAGGGAAACAAUCAUUUGGUCCUAAGGAUGUCUUUGCAACCCUGUCGAACAUCCGGACCACACUAGCAGGUGAUUGGCCUCCUGAAAGGCUUGUACAUGUUGUGGAAAAAUUACAAUGCCGUGCCCAUGGUCAAGACGGAGUUGCAAUCCGCGUAUCUGGGUCCUUUAUUAUUGGAAAUCAGUUUCUCAUUUGUGGGGAUGGUUUGCAAGUAGAGGGAUUGCCAAAUUUUCGAGAUCUUUCAAUUGAUAUCGCCAGCAAACGUAUGGGUACAUUUCAAGAACAGUUCAUCAUAGAACCAGGAAACACUGUUGGACGCUACGUUAUAGCUAAACAAGAUCUUUAUAUCACCCAGUAGAAUAUCUAACCUGUGAGAUUUGUCUUCUCCGAGAUUGUUAACCAUUUCUACUGCAAGAGCUCCAAGCUGACAAGCGUUGGUUAGCAUACCUAAAAUCUGCCGUACCAUGAGAUUGCAUUGUCUCCGUCAACGCCAAGGAUGCCCUGAUUGUUAGCCUGGUAGGUUUCAUCUUUGCCUUCAAACCAAAUCAGCGAGAAACCGAACCUGGAAGUGUAGGGUAGGUUGUUUGAAAAGUGGAUUCAGUGCAGCAGAUGAGCCAGAGGAAAUUAGAGCUCAACAUGAGAUAAACCAGAAUAAUCCCCUCUUACCAUAAAAAUGUGCAUAAUCUAGAAUAAGAAACCAUAAAGGACAAGCAGCAUUAAUCUCUGGUAUUCACAUUUGUUUAUGUUUUUUUAUCUGUACUGUUUGUGAUACCUGUAAUUAAAAUGAAAACUCUUAAGCCUUCGCUUGGUUCGUAAUAAUAUAUUUUUCAGAUUUUUUUUUU